UGGCUGCAGUCACGCUCCUCCCUGAUUGGUGGCUCCUCGGCACGGGGACACCUGUAAGAUGAGAUGUCACCCUUUGGAGCUCAGCUGCGUACAGCCUGGAUCCUGGCGCUUGCUUUCGCUUGCAUGAGCAUGUCUGGCCUGGCCAAAGUCUCCAACGCUCUGAAAUCUGUAGAUUAUGAAGUCUUUGGCCGUGUUCAGGGUGUAUGCUUCCGAAUGUAUACAGAAGAUGAAGCCAAGAAGCUUGGAGUGGUUGGAUGGGUGAAGAAUACAAGGCAGGGGACCGUAGUGGGGCAGGUACAAGGUCCUGAAGACAGAGUCAUCUCCAUGUAA